GAUGGACAGUAUAGUGGAGAGCCCUCAGAUUGUGCGGAGGUUGUCGUGGGUAGAGAACUACUGGCCAGACGAUGCUCUCCUGGGGAAACCUAAAGUCACUAAGUACUGUCUGAUCGGUGUUAAAGACAGCUACACUGACUUCCACAUCGAGUGUGGAGGGGCCUCCGUAUGGGAGAGAAGAUCUUCUUCUGAUCAAGCCACGUCAGCCAACCUAUCGCUGUACGAGCGCUGGAGGUCCUCAGCCAAUCACACUGAGAUGUUUUUCGCCGACCAGGUGGACAAGUGUUACAAGUGCACUCUGAAGCAGGGACAGACGCUAUUCAUACCAUCAGGUUGGAUCAAUGCAGUUCUGACUCCAGUGGACACGCUGGCGUUUUCCGGACACUUUGUCCACAACCUGAGUGUUGAGAUGCAGAUGAGAGCGUACGAGGUGGAGAAGCGUCUCAACGUGAAUUGUCUGACUCCGUUCCCCAACUUUGAGACUGCCUGCUGGUACGUGGGCCGACACCUGCUGGAGAGAUUUAAAGGUUUACACAAGGCCAACAGACAGCCUGCUGCCUACCUGAUCCAUGGAGCUAAGAUCAUCAACGGAGCUUUCAGGGCCUGGACUAAGAAACAGGCUCUGUUAGAACACGAGGAUGAGCUUCCAGAAAACAUGAAGCCCACUCAGCUCAUCAAGGACCUGGCCAAGGAGAUCAGGAUCUCAGAGGUACGACUUCUUACCCUACGGGUGGUAGAUGCCCAGAAUGCGGCUAAAGCCAUUAAGAGUGAUUCGAGUAGCAAGGCUCCUGUGGAGGAACCCCCUGCUGCCCCAUUAGAGCCUGAGGACCCUGCUUCCCCCUCCAGCCACCCCUCCCCGUCCCCGUCCCCUCCUCCUCGGGACAAACCAGCCAGGAAGAAGGCCUCCAAGCCACCAAAACCUCCCAAGGUCCCCAAACCUCCCAAGGUCCCCAAAGCGAAGGAGGGAGGGAAGAAGAAAGGGAAGAAAGAGAAGGAGGUCCCUGCUCCUCCUCCUCCUCCUCCGUCGAAGCCCUCCAGCCUGGCAGCUCUGGAGUCUCACGCCAAGGACAUCCUCAGCAAGAUGGACCAGCCCAAGAAAGGAAAGAUGGGGGGCAAGGCGACUAAGAAUGUCCUGAGCAUGUCGGAAAAGGACACCUGUAAGCAGAACGACCUGGAGAAGUUUGAGAUCCGAGAACAGAACAAGAAACAGACGGAAGCCAAGUGGAAAUAUAAGAACAGCAAACCAGAUUCCUUACUGAAGAUGGAAACUGAAGAGCACAAGUUUGAGAGAACGCCACUAUCAGGCAACAAAGACAAGUUUUCAUUCUCAUUGACACACAAGAAGUUACUAGGUUCUAAGCUGAAGCCCCAGACCAACUCCAGUGUGUUCAGCUCGUUACAAAACCUAAAGGAGGACAAGACCAAGCCGGUGAGAGACGAGUACGAGUACGUGUCAGACGAAGGAGAGCUGAAGAUUGAUGAGUUCCCCAUCAGGAGGAAAAAGAACGCCGUCAAGAGGGACUUAUCCU